AUGUCUGAAUCACAAGAGACCCCAAAGGCCAAAAAGCAGCUCAUCAUCAACGCCUUUGUUGAAUCUUGUAGCGGUCAUCAAUCACCUGGUCUUUGGAGACAUCCAGAUGAUAAAUCAUGGGAUUUUAAUAAUAUCAGCCACUGGGUGAAACUGGCUCAACUUCUCGAGAAGGGAAAAUUUCACGGUAUUUUCAUCGCGGAUGUUCUUGGAUCUUAUGAUGUCUACAAAGGUCCUCGCAACCCAGAUCCUGCCAUCAUUUCCGGUGCACAGUGGCCUGUCAAUGAACCCCUUGCUACUGUGCCAGCUAUGGCUGCCGCUACCAAGAAUAUUGGUUUUGGUGUAACCGUGGCGACCACUUAUGAGCAGCCUUAUCAUCUUGCCCGCAGACUCAGUACUGUGGACCAUCUAACUGGUGGAAGACUUGGCUGGAACAUCGUGACUGGCUAUCUUGACUCUGCUGCUCGAAAUCUGGGACAUACUGAACAGCCGAGCCACGAUGAGAGAUAUGCCAUUGCCGAAGAAUACGUCGAUGUCACUUACAAGCUCUGGCAAUCAUCCUGGCGAGACGACGCAGUCAAACUCGACCGCGAAAAGGGCAUCUACACAGACCCCUCGCUAGUCCGCCUAAUCAACCACUCCGGAAAAUACUACACCGUCCCCGGCCCUCACAUCUGCCAGCCCUCCCCGCAACGCACGCCCCUAAUCCUCCAAGCCGGGACAUCCAAAGCCGGAAAGAACUUUGCCGCCAAGCACGCCGAGGCCAUCUUCGUCGCUGGCCACAGCCCCGUCACAGUGGCGAAGAACAUAGCUGAGAUCAGAACCCUAGCAAAAGAGCAAUUCGAUCGUGAUCCCAAAGCGAUCAAGUUUCUGGCCUUGUUUUGUCCGAUUAUCGGAAAGACGCAGGAGGAGGCUGAUGCGAAGUAUAAAGAGCUUGUGAGCUAUGGGUCUGAGGACGGUGCGUUGGCGCUGUUUGGGGGUUGGACGGGGAUUGAUCUUGCGCAGUAUGGUGAUGAUGAGGAAUUACGGUAUGUUGAGUCAAAUGCGAUUCGCUCAGCUGUGGAAUCAUGGUCCAAGUCGAUCCCAGGUGUUCCGAAAUGGACGAAGCAUACUGUCGCAAAUCACAUUAAGGUCGGUGGUCUAGGCGCCACAGUCGCAGGAACACCAGAGCGCAUCGCAGAUGAGAUGGAGCGAUGGGUUAAUGAAGCUGACGUCGAUGGGUUCAAUCUGGCGUAUGCUCUUAUGCCUGCGAGUUUCGAGGAGGUUAUCUCUGAUUUGUUGCCGGUGUUGAGGGAGAGGGGGUUGUUUUGGGAGGAUUAUGCUGUUGAUGGAGGCACGUAUAGGGAGAAUGUCUAUGGGAAGAAGGGCGUUGCUAGACCGCCGGCUGAUCAUCCUGCGGCGAAGUAUCAUUGGACAAAGGAUGAUUGA